AUGGCUGAACUUCUCGGAACCACAAGUGCCGGAGUUGCCUUGGCAGUGACAGCUUUGCAGGGCAUCAAAGGAGUAAAGGAGACGAUUGCCAACAUCGAACGAGCCCCAGAGAUGAUUACCAACAUCAAACAGGAACUCCAAGAUAUCGAAUGUUUGAUGGAGCGCCUCAACAUCUCGUUCCAGUCAAACGAGACCGAAGUGAUGUCCGUCGCCGAAAACACCAACGUGCAAUCCGCACUCAAGGCCUGCAGCGCUUCGUCUUUAGCCUUGGACAACGAGGUCGGCAAGCUUCUCAAACGCUCAAAUGACGGACGGGUUCACUGGGUGGACAGAACCAAGAUCGGACUAUUCGGCAAAGACAAGCUCCAGGUUUUCGUGGACGAGCUCAGGAUUUGCAAGCAGACUGUCAACUUGGCUUUGGCCGGCGCCAACUUUUUGGCAUCUCUCGAGCAAAUCAAACAGCUUCAGGCGAUCAUGAAGCGACUUGAGACCAAUGAUGGUGAUUCUCACUCCGCAGCCAAGCUUCAGAAGUCGAAUGAUUUGAUCAGAGGCUACGAGAAGUUUCAAGCAUCUCUGUUUGUACAGGUCAACGAGAGACGAAGCAAGUUGACAGUGGGCAAAGUCACGGUCUUGGAGUCGCAGACCAUCGUUGGCAUUCACGGCGCGGACGGGACUGACGGAGAGCUGGACGUCCAGCUUGGUAGUGUGGAGGGCCAAGGAUCCAACAUGCUGGUGGGAUAUUCUAGGGGCAUUGACCUGAACGCGACCUUCUUCAAGAAAGAUAGGUAG